AUGAGUGAAACAGAAGCCUUAGAUCCUAUACAGGAGUUGGAGCUACAGUUCAUUGCUCGCCAGAAACCGAUGCAUGAAGCGACCGCUCGAGGAAAUUCAGCCAUACAGCAGUUCUAUAAUGGCCAGAAUGUGUUCGUGACGGGAGGCUCUGGUUUCUUGGGAAAGCAGCUCAUUGAGAAGCUCUUCAGAGCAACGAAUGUAUCGAAAGUCUUCGUUUUAUUAAGGCCUAAGAAGGGGAAGGCCGUUGAACUGAGAAUGAAUGAAUUACUACAGGAUCCUGUUUUCGACUGGGUCAAAGAACAUCGGCCUAAAGUAUUGAACAAGAUCGUGCCAGUGGCGGGGGAUGUCGCCGAAAUUAAGCUCGGCAUAAGCGACAAGGAUUGGAAAACACUUACAGAAGAGGUGAACAUAAUAUUCCACAUGGCAGCCACGACUAGAUUUGAUGAGACGCUUCGUGUAGCCACAAUGAUCAACGUACGAGGUGCGAAGGAAGCUCUGGUUCUUGGCAAGGCAUGCAAGCAAUUGAAGUCCUACGUGCACGUGUCUACAGCAUACUCCUACGCCUGCGACAACCUCAUCGAUACAGAGGUCUUGGAAGAUUUUUACAAAUCACCAAUCGAUCCUGAUACUCUGAUCAAAAUGACUGAGACUGUUGACGAAGAUAGAUUGAACAGUAUUACUCCUAGUUUAAUCAAGAACUGGCCAAAUACUUAUUCGUUUGGGAAGGCGGUCGCUGAGGAAACUGUGAAGAAUAUGUGUGAAGGUCUACCUCUGUGUGUGGUCAGACCAGCGAUAGUUAUAAGUGCUGUGAAGGAGCCAAGUCCGGGCUGGUUAGACAUGUCCAAUGUUUACGGAGCUAGCGGUAUUAUAUUAGGUCCGGGUAUAGGCCUAAUGCACUCGUUUAUGGCUCGAGAUGACAUUCACAUCGGUUUGGUCCCAGUAGACUACGUCAACAACGCCAUCCUGGCCGCCGCCUGGGAGACUGCCAGGCGAGUGGCUGCAGGGCACACGACGCCCAAGAUAUACACCGUCACUGCUUCUACGAGGAAUCCUACAGAAUGGGGCUACUUAGUACACGUGAUGACAAAAGAAAUUAGGAAAGACUACUCUACGCCCGCAGCAGUAGGGUGGGGUUUCGUUUGGCAGACGCAAUAUCCAUUGGUAUUCCUCAUCUAUUCAUGGAUUUUGCACCUUAUACCUGGACAUAUAAUUGAUGGAAUUUUCGCUUUACUUGGCAAGGAAAGAAGGUUCGUGAAAAUAUAUAAAAAGAUGUACAAUAUGUGUUCAGCGCUAUCCUAUUUUACCACAAACCAGUGGAGAUUCGUAGAUGACAACACUGCUUCGUUAUAUGACAGUCUAUCGCCCAUAGACAAAGAAAUUUUUGACUUUGACAUUUGUAAAAUAAAUUGGCGGGAAUACAUGUACAUUUGGUCUAUAGGGUUACGAAAAUUCAUAAUCAAAGAUGGCUUGAAAGGCACAAUUUAUGCUAGAAAAAAGCAGAUUGUUUUCAAAAUAUUAACUUUUAUAAUUAUGCCUCUGUAUCUAUUCGCUUUGUAUAAAGUUUUUAGCUUUUUCGUUGUAACUUCGUUAUACAUUUUAGGUUAUGUUUUGCAUGCGUUAGGUUUGUAG